CUUCCCAUUUUCAUUUUCACCAGAAAAACUACAAGAUUGAAUUCAAAGAAGAAAAAAAAACCAAAAAAAAAAAACUCAACCAAAUGAAAUGAUUAAUACAAGAACCAGUAAUAUAAAGAAACCAUUAUUCUCAAAACGCAUCGUUUCGCUCUCUUUCUCUUUCUUUCGCACCAAACCCUCAUCUUCAUCUUUAUCUUCUCCGACGAAUCUCCGGCGACCGUCGCCGACUGAUCUCCGAUCUCAUCGGAUCUGAAGAACAAUCUUUCAACCAUGCCGUCACACGCGGAUCUGGAUCGGCAGAUCGAGAGUCUGAUGGAGUGCAAGCCUUUACCGGAGGCGGAUGUGAAGGCGCUAUGUGAUCAGGCGAGGGCGAUUCUUGUUGAGGAAUGGAACGUUCAACCGGUGAAGUGUCCGGUUACGGUUUGUGGUGAUAUUCAUGGUCAAUUUUAUGAUCUGAUUGAGCUUUUUCGGAUUGGUGGAAAUGCUCCGGAUACUAAUUAUCUCUUUAUGGGAGAUUAUGUAGAUCGUGGGUACUAUUCAGUGGAGACUGUUUCACUUUUGGUGGCACUGAAAGUACGCUAUAGAGAUAGAAUUACAAUUCUCAGGGGAAAUCAUGAGAGCCGUCAAAUUACUCAAGUGUAUGGUUUCUAUGACGAAUGUUUGAGAAAAUAUGGAAAUGCCAAUGUCUGGAAAUUCUUUACCGAUUUGUUUGAUUAUUUACCUCUGACUGCCCUCAUUGAGAGUCAGAUUUUCUGUUUGCAUGGAGGUCUCUCGCCAUCUUUGGAUACACUGGAUAAUAUCCGCGCCUUGGAUCGCAUACAGGAGGUUCCGCAUGAAGGACCAAUGUGUGAUCUCUUGUGGUCUGAUCCAGACGAUCGUUGUGGUUGGGGAAUAUCUCCACGUGGUGCUGGAUAUACAUUUGGACAGGAUAUAGCUGCUCAGUUCAACCACACAAAUGGUCUCUCGCUGAUAUCUAGAGCUCACCAGCUUGUGAUGGAAGGAUAUAAUUGGUGCCAGGAGAAGAAUGUGGUGACUGUUUUUAGUGCUCCAAAUUACUGCUACCGAUGUGGGAAUAUGGCUGCCAUUCUGGAAAUUGGAGAGAAUAUGGAUCAGAAUUUUCUGCAGUUUGAUCCAGCUCCGAGGCAAAUUGAGCCUGACACUACACGAAAGACACCGGAUUAUUUUUUGUAACUUCAUAUAUCUCCCUGUAUGUAGUUACUUCUUUCUGCUAUUACUGUAGAUUUGUCUUUAAGAAAAAAGAGAAGUUUCACUGUUUAAGUGGUGGAGGGUUAUCAUCAACAACAUAAUUCUUUCUUUUUGGAGUUUGUCUGCUGCUGCUGCUCUGUCUUAUUUGGACAAGAAACCAAUAGAAUUGACACAAUUGGUAUUGUAUAUUUUUGAUAGGAGGAAGCGGCAAUAACAUGGUAUAUCUUGUGCUGUAAUUUUUUUUAAUUAAAUCUCAAGUUAGAGAGCAGAUUUUUGAGUUGUGACCACCAUGUUCAUUUAAGAUUGUGAAUGGUUACAAGUGCAGGUGUUGAUUUUUACAUAAAA